AGUAGCUUCAUUCGCAGCCGAACCAUCGACAAGAUCAACAUGCAGACGCAGUGUGUCCUCCUCCUCCUGGCCGCCAGUCUGGCCAUAUGUGUGGCCCGUCCGGAGCCGCCAAAGUCCCGCUAUGGACCACCACCGCCGCCGCCGGCUCCCCAAAAGGAAUACGGACCCCCGGCUCAGGUGGCACAACCCUUGCCAAGCUACGGACCACCAGCCGCCUUCUAUGGACCACCACCAGCCACUUCGGAGGCCUUGGUCACCAAGAACGUGUACGUGCAUGUGCCGCCAGAGGAGCCGGAAUUCUAUCCGGCCUCCUCGCCCAUCCAGACGGCCGUGCCCAAGAAGCACUACAAGAUCAUCUUCAUCAAGGCGCCAAAUCCACCCACCCCGGUGCGCCAGGUGCUGCCGCCGCCCGUGCAGGAUGAGCACAAGACCCUCGUCUAUGUGCUGGUGAAGAAGCCCGAGGAGCAGCAGCCCCUCAUCCUGCCCGCUCCCGAGCCCACGGAGCCCAGCAAGCCGGAGGUGUACUUCAUCAAGUACAAGCAGCAGCAGCCCAGGCCGGCCACCCAGUACGGACCACCACCCUCCGCCCCCGCGGAGGAGUACGGAGCACCACCUGCCCCCCGCACCCUCGAGCAGUUCUAGUUUGUAGUGUCGAUUAGGUCCACAGCCCAUGAAUGUACAUAUUAUUUAUGAUCGCUGCCAUUAAAGAGAGUUUAGAAAAUGCAAAA